AUGCGGUAUUAUUUAACGGCCAACAGUACAGUCCAAUUGCUUGGCCUAGACGAAUGUUAUGCUUUACCGACUCCAAUCCUCAUGUAGGUGGAAUGGUUGCUUGUAUACAUUCUAGCUAGUAGCUCGGGCUGGAGUGAUACAUUCCCACGCUGUGAAUUUAAUUUGUUCCUGUAUCCUAAACACUGAAUAAAAGAACACGCUUUGCCAACACGUUUGAAUUUGCAGACAAAAGAUAUUUCAGCACCAUAGUGGCAAUGGUGUCACUAAUAUAUAGUGGUAAAAAUCAAUUGAAAUAUUUGACACAACUAUCAUAUUAUUUGUGAUAAUAUUAUAGUUGAUGUUCGUGAUAAUACCAGUUUCAUUAGGACAUUGUCUGCCUUGCGGUUAACAGAAGCAUAUGAUUGAUGGUGAUCAUAUUGGUUUAUGCGGACGACCAAGCUCCAGUUUUUGCCAUCACGCGCGCUUUCGAGUCCAACAACUUAUCGUCCCUGAUAGUCUGCGUGAUAUGACAUCACGGUUGUCCAGGAUGACUUCAAAUUCGGUUAUAACAGCUGGUGGUCUGCUCAUAAUCGUUGGCGUUGGAUUGUAUUUUAUUUGGAAGAAAUUCACAAAAGGAGAGGAACGGAAGGAGCUACCGUACAGGAAUGAACGGCGAAUUUCGUUUGAUGUAGUGACUGCUGACCAGCCUGUCCCACAGUUCAUCAAACACUGCAUUGAAAUGAUCGAAGAAAAUGGUAGAGAGCAUCGUAAUAUAUAUCGCGUCCCUGGCAACAAGAAACGCGUCGACAGAAUACUGGAAAAUAUUCAAGACUCCUCGUUGCUGGAAUUGGAAGAAGACGUGGAUACUGUCUGCUCUUGUUUGAAAGCAUACAUUGCCGCUCUAUCUAAACCAUUGAUACCAGCAGACCAACAAGAUGAGUUCCUUAAAAUAUUUACAGGUGCAAAUCAACACGAAGCGUUGAUGAGGAUAGUCCCAGAUAUACCAGUGAAGAACAGGAACGUACUAGCCUCCCUUAUGUUGCACCUUAACAGAAUUCAGGAUAUGAACGCGACAGCAUCCAGCUUAAACCUUGCAAUAUGUUGGUGGCCUUCUUUACUCCAUCGGAACUUCACCGCUGUAGAAAAUCUGGAACACGAAUCACCUCGCUUAAUAGAAAUGAUAUCAGCAAUGAUUUGCCAUGCUAACAGUUUCUUUUAAACGUAUGAAAAACAACAAUUGUCUUAAUACGAGUAGGGCCUACACAAACAUUUAAAAUAAAAUUGUAUUAAAAAAAAAAGGGUUGAAAUUUGUUUUCAUUAUUUUCAUAAUAUUUUAGUAAGAAUCAGUUAAACUUGUAUUGCACAUACAUUCUAUUUUCAUUAUGCUUGAACAUACUCUAGGCUUUAUUGAAUCUUUGUUUAUUUAAUGUGAAUUUCUACGUCGUUUUUAUCUGGUUAUUUAUUUUUAAAGUAACAUCGCUUUUUUAUAUUUUUGGUAAGUUUUUCUUUCGUACUUUCAAUAAAAAACACUAUACUAUUUCAUUUAAACUUUAACUUCAUCUUUAUUUUCACUUGUAAUGUAGGACCAGGGAACACUAGUAGGACUGUGUUCUAUCUGCUAGAGAGUGUGUGUAUUAAAAUUAGGGUAGGCCUAGGUGUUAUAGAGAGCACAACAUAGAAAGCAGACACACAGGAACUGGUUUGUUGAAAUACGACUGCGUGUCGAAGACAACUGAUUUAAGUAAAUUGUGUAAGCUUAUCUACCACUAAAUAACAAUUAUGUUUCAAUAUUUUGGAUUAUAAAAUAAUAACAGUGACGAAGCACAAUCUAAAAAAACGGCAUCGUCGUAAGAUGUGAUUGUAUAUAAUUUAACUUGGGAAAACAUGCUCUACAAACUACACCAGUAGACUUAUCUUGUAACUUAAAGUUAAUUUAAUACACAAUGUAAUAGAAAAGGUAUUAGACACAGUAUAUAAUUUUUUUUUUUAAUGGUUUGUAAAUAAAAAUAAA